AUAAUUUCAAAUUACAUACUUCAGUUUAAUUACAAUGUAUUAAACAUAUCAAGUCAAAUAAAUAUUUAGUAUUAGUUGUUUGUUGGUUGAAACCCAUGCAAUUUCCUAAGCCAACCAUGGCUUCAGUAAGAUACUGUGUUUUCUAAACAAAAAGCAAUAUAUAAAUUGACAACAAUAAUUUUAAAUUAUAUAAUUUGGUUUAAUUAUAUUGUUUUUAAAAAUAUUUAGUCAAGUAAAUAUUUAGUAUUAGCUGUUUGUUGUAACCCAUGCAAUUUCGUAGGUAAGCCAAUAAGCCAAGGAUGUCAAACAGCAUGAUUCUUUACUACUUUUAGUUUAUAUGUUUACUAUUUUCAAUCAUCGUAUUCCAGAUUUCUUGGUUUUAACUUUUCUUUGAAUGCUUCGUGCUUUUAAUUAGAAAUUAAAUUAUCAUUUGACUAACUAAAAAGAAUGGAAGAUUUGUGUUGUCCCAGAUGCAAAAGUACAAAAUAUAAAAAUCCAAAUUUAAAGCUUAUGGUAAAUGUCUGUGGUCACUCGCUAUGUGAAAAGUGUGUCGAGUUGUUGUUUGUUCGAGGCUCUGGAAAGUGUGAGACAUGUCAGAUCCCACUGAGGAGAAAUAAUUUCAGAAUUCAGGUAUUUGAAUCACCUGAAGUCGAGAGAGACAUAGAUAUUCGUAAAAAAGUUUUGAAAGAUUACAACAAAAAAGAGAAGGAUUUUUCUACAUUGCGAGAAUACAACGAUUAUCUAGAAGAAGUCGAAACUAUAGUCUUCAACUUAACGUAUGGGAUCGACGUCGAGCAGACGAGACAGAAGAUGGAGCAGUACAAGCAGGCCAACCAGGAUAACAUCAAGAGGAACCGAUUAAAAAUUAGCCAAGAGGAAGAGGAGUUACUGAGGUUGAUAGAGGAGGAAGCCAUGGAGCACGAGAUCGCGCUACAGCGGCAGGUACAGGAUGAUCUGUGCGAGAAAGACCAGAAGCAAAAGCUGAAAGACAACAUCAUCAAUGAUCUGAUGUUCUCCAAGCUGCCUGCCAGCCACAUACUGGAGACCCAUAAGAAGGAUGCGGAGAAGAUUAAAAACGGUGGACCAGAGAAGACCAGCAAAUUCUCCAGUGGCAUACCAAUUGGUAAGCAGGAAGUUCAGAACGUAUCAGCGGUGUCGGAACAAGUCUACAACUACAAGUACCAACCUUUGCACUUUGAUAACAAGGGCCCUGAUCUGCCUAGCAUCGACCAACUCGAAAAUCUCAAUUACCUGGUCAACGUGCGGGAAUGUACGCGGACAGAGGUGGCCGGCGGGUUCGUCUCCGAAAUUCCUUGCCAUCGAGCCCUGCAAGAUGCCUACGCCGGACUUUUCAUUUUCAUGGACCAAUCUUCUGUCUCAAUCAAAUCUUAACCCGUUAUACUUAACUAGUGAUAUUGGUUGUUUCAUUCUUUCUGUGUAUAUUAUGUGAAAUUCGCUCUCCAUUUAAUUUGUUCUCGUUUUCUGUGAAAUUCAGUCAAAAAAUAGUACGCAAAAUGUGUAAAA